AGUGUAGAAGUGCUGUUCGUGCAUUUUAGUGAUUCGCUAAACGGACUUUUUACAAAAAAGGUGGAUAAUUUGAGUGAAAAUCACUGCAAUAAGUGAAUUAAAUUACUUUAUUGUGCAUCGAUAACAUCUGGGAUUAUGGAUAUUUAACGCAUAAAGCCGAAGACUGUGUGAUGUUGUUUAAAGCAGCGGGAUAUCUAGCACUGGAAUAAUGUCUUAGUAACAACCAAACGGAGGUGCAUUUCCAUAACAGUGUUCCAGCGAUAAGAAAAACCCAUCGAUUUACGUUUAUUCAAGUGGCAUAAUUCAGACAACUUGUCAUUGGAUUUUAUUUUAGACAAGAAAAAAGACAAUUAAAUUGUGCUGGAGUGUGAGUGUGUGUGAACCGAAAAUGUUGAACUCCGGUGCCGCAAUAAAAAUGCGGCAGUCGGGUGUUUCAUACUAUCGAUCCGGCAUCGUGAUGCUGUAUAUGUUUGUAAUUGUGUCGUCAAUAAUUGGUGUUACAUAUGGUACAAAUAACCGUUACGAGGAUUUGGUGUUUGAUCCAACAAAAAACACAUUGUCACUAGUCCUGCCACACGACACAUAUCCAGGUUUUAGUAUUAAACGAAUAACAUCAACGAAUUCAUCGUCAACUCCCGGCUACACUUCAUUGUUCACAUUGAAUCGAGAAUAUUCGAAGUAUUUUACAGUACUCGAUAAUGGAAUGCUUAUGACAACAGCAGACCUAUCACCACUGGUUAACAAGCCAGUUAAUCUAGUUGUGGUUGAGGAAACGCCCAAUUCAACGGCUACACAUCAAUUACAACUGCUGGUUAUGGAUAGGAAAGAUAUGCUUCGAUUUCCAGGAGCCAGUCUGGAGGCCUUUGGUGAAGUCAAAGAAAAUCAAAAAUCGGGAACAAAAGUUCAGGGUCUACCACUAUUGCAGGCGAAUUCCAUCAGCGGUAACAAAGCGAUUACCUAUUCGAUUAUUGACGGAAAUGAGGACAAUGCAUUUACAUUGCAAAACAGCGUUACCAAAGACAUGAAGACUGAACUGACUAUUAAAAAUGCUGAAAAGUCAGGUAUAUGGAUAGUUACUGCCAAACCGUUGGAUCGUGAGACAAGAAACAAUUACACAAUUUUUAUACAAGCCACUGACGACGAGGGACUCGAUAAGGCAAUAUCCAAAAUUGCAGUAACAAUUUUAGAUGAAAACGAUAACCAUCCAAUCUUCACACAGUCUGACUAUAAGUUCUCUGUGGCUGGAACUAAAGGCACUAAUUUAGAAGGAAACACAUCAGUUAUAUGGCAACGGUUUACGAGUGUCGGACGGGUUGAAGCCAAAGAUCUCGACGGAGACAAAGUGACAUACAAGCUAUUAACACCAAAUAAUAUCGUGAUUAUUGUUCCACAAACCGGUGAAUUAUUGCUGGCAGGUGAACCGGACAAGUUUGAAAUUAUGUUGAAAGUUGAAGCACACGAUCUACGAUCUCCUAGUUUAAAGUCAGUGAAACCGGUUGACGUUUUGAUAGAAUUUGUCGCACCCGAUCCAACAUCGGUUGUUGUGCAACAGUUAGAACAUGACGAAAACUAUAAUCAACAUUCGCAUCGACGUGAUAAGAGACGAGUUACGCGCGCGGUUCGUCCUACCAAACGUAUGGAAUUCACCGAAGCUGAUGGUGAUACCGAAGGUAAAAGUGUGUUCCAGUUAGAAAAAGAAACCGAUCGGGAAACAUUUAAAAUACGUGAUGAAAAUCCAUGGGUAACGGUUGAACCGAAUGGAGCGGUUCGCGUAAAAAAGAAGUGGGACUAUGAAGAACUUGGACCGGAGAAAACUAUUGACUUUUGGGUGAUCAUCACAAAUUCUGGACAGAACGCUGGUUUAAAAUAUACCGACAAUCAACGCGUAAUUAUUCAUGUUAAGGAUAUUAACGAUGAACCGCCAUAUUUCAUCAAUCGGCCUUUACCCAUGCAAGCUGUUGUACAGCUUAACGCUCCGCCAAAUACUCCAGUGUUUACGUUACAAGCUCGAGACCCGGAUACUGAUCAUAACAUUCACUACUUUAUCGUACGCGAUAGAACCGGUGGAAGAUUUGAAGUUGAUGAAAGGUCUGGAGUUGUACGGACACGCGGUACCGAUUUGUUCCAAUUGGAUAUGGAGUAUGUGCUGUAUGUGAAAGCUGAAGAUCAAAAUGGAAAAGUGGAUGACCGGAGAUUUCAAAGUACGCCAGAAGAACGAUUGUCAAUUGUUGGUGGAAAACGUGCACCACAAUUCUACAUGCCCAGUUAUGAGGCCGAAAUACCAGAGAAUCAAAAGAAAGAUUCAGACAUAAUCUCCGUAAAAGCGAAAUCAUUUGCUGACAGGGAAAUUCGAUACACGCUCAAAGCUCAGGGACAAGGUGCCGGUACCUUCAAUAUCGGUCCAUCAUCCGGUAUUGUGAAAUUGGCCAAAGAAUUAGAUUUUGAGGAUUUGCGGCAACCACAUGUGUAUUCAUUGAUUGUAACAGCAACAGAAGAUUCCGGUGGAUUUUCCACAUCUGUCGAGCUAACCAUACGAGUGACCGAUGUAAACGACAAUGCACCAAAGUUUGAAUUACCCGACUAUCAAGCUCAUAAUGUUGAUGAAGAUAUGCCCUUGGGUACAAGCAUAUUGAAAGUCAAAGCAAUGGAUGCUGAUUCCGGUGCCAAUGCUGAAAUUGAAUAUCUCGUAUCGGACGACCAUUUUGCUGUUGAUUCGAACGGUAUAAUUGUUAACAACAAACAGUUGGACGCGGACAACAACAAUGCUUAUUAUGAGUUCCAAGUGACUGCAAAAGACAAAGGUGAACCAGCGAAAAGUGGCACUGCUACGGUUCGCAUUUACACGAAAAACAAGAACGACGAAGAGCCAAAAUUUUCACAACAAGUGUACACCCCGAAUGUGGAUGAGAAUGCCGGUCCGAAUACGCUGGUCACAACCGUUGUGGCAUCCGACAAGGACGGCGACAAUGUGCGAUUCGGUUUUGUCGGUGGCGGUAGCAGUAGCGGCCAGUUCGUUAUCGAAGAAAUAACCGGUGUAAUUCGAUUGCAUAACAAGGCCAUUUCAUUGGAUCGCGACAAGUACGAGCUGAAUGUAACUGCAAUGGACGAUGGCUCGUGUUGUGUGAACGGUGAUGCAACAAUGCACACUUCAACAGCGGUUGUGGUUGUUUUUAUUACGGAUGUGAAUGACAAUAAGCCGGUGUUUAAAGACUGUGGAACGUAUUAUCCGAAAGUUGAGGAAGGUGCACCAAAUGGAAGUCCAGUGAUUAAAGUUCAAGCUACUGACGAAGAUAAAGGUGUUAAUGGACAAGUAAAAUACUCCAUUGUACAACAACCCAACCAAAAGGGAACGAAAUUCACAGUAGACGAAGAAACAGGCGAAGUGUCCACCAACAAAGUAUUCGAUCGAGAAGGUGACGAUGGUAAAUUCGUAUCCGUUACGGUAAAAGCAACUGAUCAAGGCGAACCGAGUCUUGAAGGUGUUUGUUCAUUCACUGUGGAAAUAACGGACGUUAACGACAAUCCACCAUUGUUCGAUCGACAGAAAUAUGUCGAAAAUGUUAAACAAGAUGCAAGCAUCGGAACAAAUAUACUCAGAGUGUCUGCUUCUGAUGAAGAUGCUGACAAUAAUGGGGCUAUUGUUUACAGUUUAUCAGCGCCAUAUAAUUCACAAGAUCUUGACUAUUUCGAAAUACAACCGGAAUCUGGUUGGAUCGUUUUGAAGAAACCACUCGACCGAGAUAGGUAUCGUCUAAGGGUUCGUGCAUCUGAUAAAGGUGAACCACCCUCCUAUGCAGAUGUUGAUGUCGAAUUAGACGUCGUCGACAGAAAUAAUAAACCACCAAUUUGGGAUAAAAACAUUUAUGGCCCCAUUCACAUUAAAGAAAAUGUCACUGUUGGUACAGUUGUAACAUCGAUAAAGGCAAGCUCUGGCAUUGAAGGAAAUCCAACCGUUUUCUAUCGUCUAAUGCCUGGAUCAACGGCUCAGACGAACAAAUUUCAUACGUUUUAUUUGCAACAGAGACCGGAUAACGGUGACACCUGGGCAGACAUUAAAGUCAAUCAUCCGUUGGAUUACGAGAGCAUCAAAGAAUAUAAUCUUACAAUUCGUGUUGAGAACAAUGGUGCUCAACAACUUGCAUCUGAAGCAACCGUUUACAUAAUGCUGGAAGAUGUUAAUGAUGAAAUUCCGUUGUUUACCGAACGUGAACAGGAAACUGUUCUCGAAGGUGAACCAAUCGGCACGAAAGUAACGCAAGUGAAUGCUAUCGACAAAGAUGGAACAUUUCCGAAUAAUCAGGUUUAUUACUACAUUGUCGAUUCUCCGAGAAAUGAGGGAAAAGAGUUUUUCGAAAUUAAUUUACAAAGUGGUGAAAUUUUCACAAAAGUUGUGUUCGAUCGUGAGAAACAAGGUGCAUACGCAUUGGAAGUGGAGGCACGUGAUGGAGCUGCAUCUGCUCGACCGAAUAGCAAUGGACCCAAUUCAGUGACAAAAUUCAUUCGCAUUGGUAUUGCUGACAAGAACGAUAACCCACCCUAUUUUGAUAAGAAUCUUUACGAAGCUGAAGUAGAUGAAAAUGAAGAUAUUCAGCAUACCGUUCUUACUGUCACCGCCAAAGAUCACGAUGAAUCCUCGCGUAUUCGAUAUGAGAUCACAAGCGGUAACAUAGGUGGUGCAUUUGCGGUAAAGAAUAUGACAGGAGCUAUUUAUGUGGCUGGUGCUCUUGACUAUGAAACACGAAAACGAUAUGAACUACGUUUAGCCGCAUCCGACAAUUUGAAAGAAAAUUAUACAACCGUUGUGAUCCACGUAAAAGAUGUAAACGACAAUCCACCUGUAUUUGAACGGCCUACAUAUCGUACCCAAAUCACAGAAGAGGAUGACCGAAAUCUACCGAAACGUGUGCUACAGGUGACGGCCAGUGACGGAGAUAAGGAUCGUCCACAAAAUAUUGUGUAUUUCCUUACCGGACAAGGAAUCGAUCCAGACAACCCAGCGAACAGUAAAUUUGACAUAAACAGAACUACUGGAGAGAUAUUCGUAUUAAAGCCACUUGAUAGGGAUCAACCGAAUGGACGUCCACAAUGGCGAUUUACUGUUUUCGCUCAGGAUGAAGGUGGUGAAGGAUUGGUUGGCUAUGCUGAUGUACAAGUUAAUUUGAAAGACAUCAAUGACAAUGCUCCAAUAUUUCCAUCAGGGGUGUACUUCGGCAAUGUCACAGAAAAUGGAACUGCUGGAAUGGUUGUUAUGACUAUGACUGCCGUGGAUUAUGAUGAUCCAAAUGAAGGUUCCAAUGCAAAACUGAUUUAUUCGAUUGAAAAGAAUGUCAUUGAAGAGGAAACCGGAUCGCCAAUAUUCGAAAUUGAGCCGGACACCGGCGUUAUAAAAACAGCAGUAUGCUGUUUGGAUCGUGAACGAACGCCAGACUAUUCCAUACAAGUGGUUGCAAUGGAUGGUGGAGGAUUGAAAGGCACUGGGACGGCAUCAAUACGAGUCAAAGAUAUAAAUGAUAUGCCGCCACAGUUUACAAAAGAUGAAUGGUUUACGGAAGUGGAUGAAACGGAUGGCACAAACCUACCUGAAAUGCCCAUUCUAACUGUAACGGUACAUGAUGAAGAUGAAACAAACAAAUUCCAAUACAAAGUGAUAGACAACAGUGGUUAUGGUGCUGAUAAAUUUACAAUGGUUCGUAACAAUGAUGGUACGGGUAGUUUAAAAAUUGUUCAACCACUUGAUUAUGAGGACCAGCUACAAAGCAAUGGUUUUCGCUUUAGAAUACAAGUGAAUGACAAAGGAGAAGACAAUGACAAUGAUAAAUAUCAUGUAGCUUACUCAUGGGUUGUGGUUAAAUUAAGAGAUAUAAAUGAUAAUAAACCAAUAUACGAUAGGCCUAAUAUUGAAGUGCAGGUGUACGAAAAUACAGAAGUCGGAAAAACAUUAGACAAAUUCGUUGCAAACGAUCCGGAUCAAGGUGGCAAAAGCAAAGUGUCAUAUGCAAUUGAUCGAUCAUCCGAUCGACAAAGACAAUUUGCCAUCAACCAGGAGGGUGUUGUGAAGAUCCAACGAUCGUUAGAUCGUGAAGUGACGCCACGACAUCAGGUCAAAAUUUUGGCUAUUGAUGAUGGUGUUCCGUCUAGAACUGCUACUGCCACAUUGACUGUUAUUGUGCAAGAUAUAAACGAUAAUGCACCAAAGUUCCUAAAAGACUACCGGCCCGUAUUACCAGAACAUGUUCCGCCAAGAAAAGUUGUGGAAAUUUUAGCUACAGACGAUGAUGAUAGAUCGAAGAGUAACGGCCCACCAUUCCAAUUUCGAUUGGAUCCUGGAGCAGAUGAUAUCAUUCGAGCGUCGUUCAAAGUUGAACAAGAUCAAAAGGGUGCAAACGGUGAUGGUAUGGCAAUCGUCUCUUCACUUCGGUCGUUCGAUCGCGAACAGCAAAAAGAAUACCUCAUUCCGAUUGUUAUCAAAGAUCAUGGCAAUCCGGCAAUGACAGGAACCAGUACUCUAACAGUUGUUAUUGGAGACGUUAACGAUAAUAAAAUGCAACCCGGAUCGAAAGAGAUAUUCAUUUACAAUUAUCAGGGUCAAGCUCCGGACACUCAAGUCGGUCGUGUUUAUGUUUACGAUUUGGAUGAUUGGGAUUUGCCGGAUAAGAAAUUCUACUGGGAGUCACAGGAACAUCCACGCUUCAAAUUGGAUGAAGAUUCGGGAAUGAUAACAAUGCGUCAAGGCACGAAGGAAGGACGAUACAGUCUCCGAUUUAAAGUGUACGAUCGGAAGCACACACAGACUGAUGUUCCGGCGAAUGUCACCGUAACAGUACGUGAAAUACCGCAUGAAGCUGUGAUCAAUUCUGGUUCCGUACGGAUUGCUGGAAUAUCAGAUGAAGAUUUUAUUCGUGUGUGGAAUUACCGAACGCAAAGCUUGUCCCGAAGCAAAUUGGAUCGAUUUAGAGAUAAACUGGCUGACCUGUUGAACACAGAUCGCGAAAACGUUGAUGUUUUCAGUGUUCAAUUACGAAGAAAGCAUCCGCCACUAACUGAUAUUCGAUUCUCUGCUCAUGGCUCACCAUAUUAUAAACCAGUUCGACUAAAUGGUAUCGUGUUAAUGCACCGUGAGGAGAUUGAAAAAGACGUCGGCAUAAAUAUUACUAUGGUUGGAAUUGACGAGUGCCUCUACGAGAAUCAAAUGUGCGAAGGAUCAUGUACGAAUACGUUGGAUAUUAGUUCAUUGCCCUACAUGGUUAAUGCAAAUAAGACUGCAUUGGUUGGUGUAAGAGUGGAUGUGUUAGCAGAGUGUACAUGUGGUGCAAGAAACUUCAGCAAAAGUGAAUCGUGCAGAAAUAGUCCCUGCUACAAUGGUGGAAGGUGCAUUGAAACGAGAUACGGACCAUCGUGUUCUUGUCCCGCUGGUUAUACCGGGCCGAGAUGUCAGCAAACAACUAGAAGCUUCCGUGGAACUGGAUGGGCUUGGUAUCCACCGUUGGAGAUGUGCGAUAACUCACAUCUUAGUCUCGAAUUCAUAACCAGAAAAUCAGAUGGCCUAUUGUUGUACAACGGACCCAUUGUUCCACCAGAAAAAGAUGAAGAACUGGUCUCUGACUUUAUUGCCGUGGAAAUUGAACGAGGUUUUCCGAGAUUAUUGAUCGACUUCGGAUCGGGAACACUGGAACUUAGAGUAAAAACGAAAAAGAGCUUGGAUGAUGGCGAAUGGCAUCGUUUGGAUAUAUUUUGGGACACCGAAAACGUUCGCAUCGUCGUAGAUUAUUGCAAGUCAGCCGAAGUAUCUGAAUUAGAAGACGGAACAGGACCGGAAUUCGAUGAUUCGUCGUGUCAGGCCAGAGGUCUAAUUCGUCCAUUCCAUGAAUAUCUAAAUGUAAAUUCUCCACUCCAAAUUGGCGGAUUGUAUCGUGAACCAUUUGAGCAAGGACAAUACAAAUGGGAUUACAUGCCCACUGGUAAAGGAUUCGAUGGAUGUAUAAGAAAUGUGUUCCACAACAGUAAAUUGUACGAUCUGGCGCAUCCAGGUUUAUCCAGAAAUUCUGUUGCUGGAUGUCCUCAAACGGAAGAUGUCUGCAGUCAAAGCGAACAAACGUCACGUUGUUGGGAACACGGAAAUUGUGUUGGUAGUUUCAGUGAAGCUAGAUGUCAAUGUCGUCCUGGCUGGACCGGUCCGGCAUGCAACAUUCCAACUAUUCCUACUACAUUCAAACAACAAAGUUAUGUGAAAUAUGCGCUCAGUUUCGAACCCGACAAAUUCAACACCCAAAUACAGCUGCGAUUCCGUACAAGGGAACAGCAUGGGGAAUUGUUCAGAGUGAGUGACCAGCACAAUCGGGAAUACGGAAUUUUGGAGAUCAAAGAUGCGCGUUUACAUUUCCGCUUCAAUUUGAAUUCAUUACGAACGGAAGAGAAGGACUUGUGGUUGAAUGCCAUUGCCGUUGAUGAUGGACAAUGGCAUGUUGUGCGUGUAAAUCGUUAUGGUUCGGCGGCUACACUGGAAUUGGAUGGCGGUGAGGGCAGACGAUACAAUGAGACAUUUGAAUUCGUCGGCCAUCAGUGGCUGCUGGUAGAUAAACAGGAAGGUGUUUAUGCCGGUGGAAAAGCUGAAUAUACUGGAGUUCGCACAUUCGAAGUUUAUGCUGACUACCAGAAGAGCUGUUUGGAUGAUUUAAGACUGGAGGGCAAACAUUUGCCAUUGCCACCUGCUAUGAAUGGAACGCAAUGGGGUCAAGCGACAAUGGCACGAAACUUGGAACGAAAUUGUCCAUCAAAUAAACCCUGCUCCAAUGUAAUUUGUCCGGAUCCAUUUGAGUGCAUCGAUUUAUGGAACGAGUAUGAAUGCACUUGCGGAGAAGGUCGUGUAAUGUCACCGGAUGGUAAAGGUUGUAUGGAUCGUAAUGAAUGCCUUGAUUUGCCCUGUCUGAACGGCGCUCAGUGUAUAAAUCUUGAGCCACGGUUACGGUAUCGUUGCAUAUGUCCCGACGGAUUUUGGGGUGAAAAUUGUGAACUUAUCCAGGAAGGUCAAACAUUGAAAUUAAGCAUGGGAGCAUUGGCUGCCAUUCUUGUUUGUCUUCUAAUCAUUCUAAUUUUGGUACUGGUGUUCGUUGUAUAUAAUCGACGGCGCGAAGCACACAUUAAAUAUCCUGGUCCGGACGACGACGUUCGAGAAAACAUUAUAAACUAUGACGAUGAAGGUGGUGGCGAGGAUGAUAUGACUGCAUUCGAUAUAACACCGCUACAGAUACCAAUUGGUGGACCUAUGCCGGAGUUGUCACAAUGCAAAAUGCCAAUUAUGUAUCCAGUUAUGACAAUGGGACCCGGUCAAGAGCCGAAUGUUGGCAUGUUCAUUGAUGAACACAAAAAACGUGCCGAUAGUGAUCCGAAUGCACCACCAUUCGAUGACCUACGAAAUUACGCUUAUGAAGGUGGAGGCAGCACAGCCGGGUCAUUAAGUUCGCUUGCUUCAGGUACUGACGACGAAGACCACGAAUACGACUACCUCGGUGCGUGGGGUCCUCGUUUCGACAAACUGGACAAGAUGUACGGACCAGAACAAGGUCAAGAGGUCGACGAAUUAUAAGAAUAUUAAUCACGAACUCUAUAUAUUGCACUCUAAAUUAAAUCUACAACAUAAACAAAAAGAAAACAAAGAAAUCAUCAUAGCCUAUAAUAGCAACACUCAGCAAUUACAUUCAGCAUGUCUACUACAAAAAAAAGUGAGUAAAAAAGAAAAUGAAUUAAAAUGCAAUUUUGAUAUCAACGAUUGACGAUUUUAUGAAAAUUAUUUUUUUAUUGAAUUUGUGAAAUCUCAGAUCAAAAUAAAAAAAAACAAUUCUGAAUUAACAAUUUAAAUAGUGCACCCAGUGACGUUAUAUACAAUUUUCUUGGGUAAUAUAAAUUUUACGUUGAUAAACCGAACAAUUUUAUUGAAAAAGAAAAUGGAGAAAAAAUAAUUUUUUUACUGAAUGACAAAUUUUUUUUUCAAACAAAACCUUUGUAUAACAUAAUAUAGUCAAGUUUAUUAAAAUGAACGCAAUUGAUUUUUAUGAAUUUUUUUAUUACUGAAAUUUUUCUGAGAAAAUGGAAAAAUCGAAAUAAAGUACACACAAUUGCCAGUACCUAUUUUACAUUUUAUUACAACCGAAUAAUUAACUAAAUGUUAAAAAUGGAAUGAAACAAAUAAAAACAAACUUAACUGAAAACUGAAGUGAAAACUAAAAUUAAAAACCAAAAACGUAGUUCAAUUGAAAGUUUAGAUCAAAAUUGUAAUUAAAUUUUUGCUAACUAAAUGACAAAAUUAAUUACAAUCAAAACGUAAAUUGUAAUUUAAAUCGAAUUGCAGAAAACGAUAAAAAAAAUUAAAUACAAACGCGAGAAUUCAUUGUUUUAUUCUUAGGAAUAAAAACAAUUAACAAAAAAAAGUAAAUGUAUCCAAAGACUGUUUUUCGUUCCAUCAAUAUUAAGAGAAUAUUUAUAUUAAACAAUCUCAUUAAAUUAUUCGUAUAAAAACACCUAAUUGAUUAAAAAAAAUUAAAGUAUAAGAGAGAAAAAACAGAAGAAAAUUGAUCGAAAGAAAUGACUUAACUUUCGUCAAAGAAAAAAAAAACUUUUAAUUUCAUAGGAAAAUUGCUUAAUAAAUAUUUUUUUUGUCGGUGGUUUCAGUUAACCCGGUUUUGAUGGUUUUCUUUUGUGUUGAACGAGAGAACAAAAAAAAAUGCAAAAGAUAAAUUUAAUUUAAAAGGAAAACACGGAAAGGUAACUUAAUUUUCCUAAUUAGAACAAAAGAAAAUAUUGAAAUUACAAGGGCAAAAAAAGUAUUACGAAUGGUGUUUAUAAUGUACAUAGGGGUUUAUAAUAGUACAUAUAUGAAAAUAUGAAUAAUUAACAAUGAAAAUUCCGGGGAUUUUAAUACAGAAAGGAGUGAAACACACACAAGAAGAAAAAAGAAGUUAAAAUAAACACAAAAUGCAUAAAUAAAAUCUCAUUUUCAUCUCCCGAAAGAAGUUGCUGUAUAGCAAAAAAAAGGAGUAAAUUAAAUAUAAAAUUUGCCUAAAAUUAGGUAGAGUUUAUGUAUAGAACUGUACAUAGUUGAAUACCAAAACAUAAUGUUAUCUGUAGGCAAAACAAUGGGUGAAGAAGUUUAAAAAGAACAUUUUGUGUGUAGUAUGUGCAUACACGUGCUGUUUUUAAUAGUAAUUGCGAACAGAAUUGCACGAGUUAAUUUUGGCUAAUUAAAAUUUAGUUGCGUUCCUUUCGGAAACAUUAAAACAAACAAACAAAAAACCGAGCGUUACAUGCAAUGUACACAUCCUGUGCUGCUGAUGAAUAAAAUUACACGAAAAGGGAGUGAUAAAUGUGAAUUAAAAUUUAGUUUGAUUUUUCGGUUCAUCGAUGAAUUGGUUAAAAUAUUUCCAGUUUGGUAACCGCAAAUAGUCAGAUAAUUUCAACAAAAGAAUUAAACUAAAUUGAUGAAAACUUUACCUAAGACUUAUUCUAAGAUAAAAAAAAAUGUAAAUUGGAAGUGAAUGUUGCCAUGAUUGAACGUAUAAAGCGAAUGGUCGUAGUAAUUUAAUAAUUUUAUUUAAAAAUGGAAACAAAAUUAUUUUAAGAAGAACAAAAAAAACAACUAAACAACGGUGAAGUUUUGUGUGUUGGUUGGUGAAUUAGCUCAAUAGAAUAGACAAAUAUUACACGCCAUUACCGUUCUCCGUUAAAGUUUUUCAUCGGUUAAGUAUCUCACGCUCUAUUAGAAAAUUUAAAUAUUUAAAAAUGUUGUUACUACUGUCCAAUCCCUAGAAAGCGUUUAAAAUCAUUGAAUUAUGUUUGCUACAAAUUUCGAAACGACUGAACCACUAUAUUACAUCGAACAUUUUAUCUGCAUGUUCCAUCGAUAAUUGGAUCAUUGUUCAAUAAUUCAAAGAUUUAUCAGACUGUGCAAUUAUUAACCUAUUAAGUCAUUAAGCAAAUCAUUUUAUCGAUGGAACAGCGAUUGGAUUUUUAUUUUAAUUUAAACAAAACGUUGCUUUCAUCUGGAUUUCAACGAAAUUUUCACAUUUAAAUGUUUGAAGUUUUCGUUGAAUUCCGUAAGUUAAUCGACUCUGUUCAACAAUUAGAUGAAUUGUAUAGUUUUACACACAAGCAACUAGUUACGACUGGGUGCGAUCCAUCACUUUGUAAUAGUGACCGAAUUUGUAAAUAUAUCGAACCAGACAUAUUUGCAAGCUAUUUGGCAAUUAAAAACGUUCCACCAUUUCCACUUCAUCUUUUAUUGGCAUCUCCUAUUUCGAUGAAAAUUCACUCUCCCGUGACCAGCGUACACAGACGUUUAACAAAAUUUAAUUAAUCCGUCUCUGCUCUCUGUGACUAAAACUAUAUACCAAAUCGAAUGAAAAUACUGCACGUCGUUACGAAUAAUUUGCCAAUUUAAAUGGAGAAAAUCAUUUGAACCAUAAUACACCAUAUACAGUUUCGGUGUACAAUUAACGGUCCCACAACGGUUCAGAUAUUGCGUAUCAUCAAAAAAAAAGUUAUUCAAAGUCUCCGCAUAUCAACCUAAUGGUUUGGAAAGAAAAAGUUUCUUUUUUGAAAAAAAAAAAGUUUUCCAUCCAUUUGAUGGUGUAUGUGUAUUCCGUAAAACAUUCAUUUUUAUCAACAUGUAUGGAGCAUAUGGCAUAACCUUCAUGAAAACAAGAAAAAAUAGGGAAAAAAUCUCGAAAAAAUCCAAUAGAGCAUCAUCUGCGAUUAAAAUCAUUUUUUUUUAUCGAAAAGUUUAAAGUGUUGAGUUGAAGUAUUCAAAACUUUUCCAAUUGUUCAAAAUGCCAUUCGGUUUUCUACUUCCGUACUUCCCUACAAUACCAAAACCAAUUUUAGUGUAAUCCAUCUCAAUAAACCACACUUGCAUCACUCAUACAUUAGUUGGAUAAAUAAUUUUCUGUUAAACUCUGUGGAGCUGUUGAAUUGUUAUUUAACUAAAAUCCACAAACGAAUAGCCUGAAUAAUAUGUUCUAUCGAAUAAAUAAAUAUAGACGAGACAGAAAUGGAGAAAUUAUUUAGAAAUAGAGCUUUAAUUAAAUGUUCUUCCGUGGCUGCUGAAUAUAUAUAACAUAUAACAUACCACACCACAAUAUUGUCCUCUGUUUCGCCUCGUUUUCGUAAUAGAAUAGAGAAUAAAAUAUCAUUGAAAAACAUCACCAACCAAAAUAGCGCACUCAAUAUUCAACCAAAGCGAAUACCAAAUACACAAAUCGAAUAUUUUAUCAUAGAUACGCGAGAGAAUGAGUGACAAAAUUAUUAAUUAUAUGAUACAAACUUAACAAUAAGAUGUUAUAGAGGCACUGAAUAAUUUAAAUAAAAAAAAAAUUCAAAAAAAAAAUUCAAAAAAAGAAUACAAAAAAAACAUGAAAUAAUUAUAAUAUAUGAAUUUUAAAACAAGAAAAGUAUAUUGUAUAAUUAACUAAUUAGUCAAUAAGAGAAACCUAGAGAAACCUUCGUACAGUAUUUGUUAUAAUAAUAAAGAAAAAAAAAAUCAUUUAAACAAUAGUUUUUAAUACUCUAAUAUUAUUAUAAAAUAUAAUGAAGAAAUGGAAAUAAAAAAAAUGAAAGAAAAAAAAACACAAAAAAUUCUCAGAACAAAAAGAAAAAACAUUUCCGAACAUUUGUUUUCGCGGAAAACAGAAAAUUCUUUUUCAAUUGAAAUCGGUUUACUUUUCCGAGUAUUUGAGUUUCCUUUUUUGUUUUUAGAAAUCAUUUUCCAUUUAAAAAUCUGCUCAAAAACAAAUAUACCAAAACUUUUAUAUUUUCGGAAUUUGUGUCAUAAUGUUUCAUCGCAUGAACAUCUCAUCAUUUCGCACAGUUCAUCACCGAUACGGUAAAGUUUUUGAACGCUUUCUGUUUCGCAGAAUCUGAGAGAACAGUUAUGGAAAGUUUGUCGGAAACUCAGGAUUUUCAAAAAAAUUUCAACGAAAUGAAAACUAGGAACUGAAAACUGAAAUAGAAACUUCUUCUGCUCGACGUCAACCAGCAGAAUUCGAACCCAAUAACAUCACGACAGGCAUUCUUUGUUACGAAUUAAGCGCUCUAACAAUUCAUAUACUCGGAUCAGCAUUAUUUGAGUUUCACAUUUUAUUUUACGCCUAUACCUCAAUGUCCAUUUCUUAUUUGAUAUAUGCACAAAUUUACGCUAUGAUGCCUCAUGCAGUUGUGUUCUAUUCAGUUCCCCUCUAUCUACAUGUUCCCAGUUAAUGUUCCUUUUUAUGUCUCUCCUGAUAAUAUUGCUCACAUAAAAUACUCUGCGAUGGAAAAAAAUCGGCUUACCACAUCAUUAACGACCAUAAGUUCCAAAUUAAUUCAAUAACAAUGCAGGUAAGGAUUCAUGGGACAAAAAUUACGAAACAGUCUACUAACCAAGCAACUAAAGUUCAAAGAAUCGCAAUAAAUCAUUCAUUAUUGUCCUUUAAUAUACCAGAAAUCUCAUCUCAUAAAUCAUAAAUAUACUUCAGCUAUCAUACCUUUUUCUCCAUGCUGCAGCAUAUAUACCACAUAUAUGUACAUAUAAACAAGAGUAUUCGUAUACAUUAUGCAUUCGAUGGUAGAUCGGAAACAAAGCACAGAGUUAGCUUUCGGCCAGACACAGUCACUGUAACCCAAUAUAUAAUUACAUUUAUCAAUGGGUUCAUACAGAAAUCAGAUCCUCACAGCGAGAAGUGAGAAAGAAAGCCCUAAUACACGCGAAAUGUGAAUUUAAAACCAGAGCUCCAAUAAAAAUUAAAACGAAUUUAUUGAGGAAGAAAAUCCAUAAAAUGAACAACUUUAUGAAACAUUUUUCAGAUUGGACAACGCGGUGUGUUGUAUACGAAUGUAUACCCACAGACAGAGAAAACACAAAUUGGAUUGAUUUAUAUCGUAGCCGGAGCAGGAAGUCAAAAGAAGGAAAAAAAAGAAAAUAUUGCUGUAGCUCUGCUCGACAUUUCAGAUUGGAGUAUUAAUUUUUUUUUAUCUAUUUUUUUCUGUUCGUUGGUUAGUUAGUGGUUUGAGAGGAAUAUGCCGAAAACGAGGACACAAUUAAAAUACAGCGAAUGUUCGUGUUCGCAUAUACUUUAAUUUUAACAUUAAAUGUAGCCGGGGGGAUUGAGUGCGGAAAUGUAAUAUUUAUUCUGGUUAGAGGAUAUUAUCCUAUUGCCAUGGGGAAAAAGACGGGAAUGAAGAGAAUUCUAGCGGCUUUUUUUUCUCGCUUUAUAAUUAAUAUUCAUCCAUUUUGGUCAUGCUUAUCAUAAAGUGGCAGAGUUUACCGUUUUUUUUCUUCUUCUUUCACUCAACCUCCGGCGAGCAGACACUUUAACGCUGGUUCUUCGAAUUGAUAAAUUAUUUUGCUGUUUUGGAUAAGUGAGAAAAAAUACAGCGCGUGCUAAGAGGAUAUUUUUUUUUACAUCGUGGCUAUGAAAUACGAUCUAUUUAGUUGUUUGACAGACAACAAGCGACCUCGAAUUAAUUAUUUUUUCCUCUCAGCGAAAAUGGAGUAUGUAUCAGAUAAGAGGAGCUUAAGUACAACACAAUAUAAUUAAUAUAAUUUGAUGAAAGAGGGGUGGUGGUAUGUAUAUAUACCGUUCUGCAAUACGAAAAUAUCAACCAUUAAGACCGUGUUUUUAUUGAAAAAGUUUCCGAUCAAAAUUAAUACAUGUGCUACAAAUAAAUGUAUCGCCGAAAAAAAAACCCUGAAUCAAUUUAUCAAAAAAGACAAAAAAAAUAUGAGAAACUUUCAACGCCAAUAUUGAACCCAAAAUCUUAAAACAAUUGAAUGGAUAUCAAUCUUGAUGGCGAAAUGCCAUUCUGUUAUAUUGAUAAAAUUUCGGCAUGGAGAAACGAGAA